AUGUCCACCUUGAACCAGCUUUACCUGCUCGCCGACCACAUCAAGCUCUCCCUCCUGGAGCGCCAGCGCGCCCUGUCGCUCAACCUCGACGCCGACACCCAGGACGGCCACAUUUCCCGCUCGCUCGAUCAGUUCAAAGAUGGCUUGGAAUCAUUAGACGCCGAGGCCAAGCGUCUGCAGGGUGCUGGCGAUGAGAGCGCCGCCCUGAAUAUCACAGACUCCCUCACCGCCCUUCAGAAGCAGUUCUCAGAUCUGACCUCCCAAUUCCACGGCUUCUCGAACCCGUCAACCUCUUCCACCACAACCUCACCAAACGACCCCUCCCUCGCCGCCGACUUCGACGCCGCCCAGUCCACGAAGCCCCUCAAGGGCUCCCUCCGCGGCCUCCCUGGCGCCGCCUCAAACAACAACAAGACCGUCCGCUUCACCGAUUCACCCGGCGCCGCAGCAGCAACGGCCGAAGAAGACGCCGCGGCGGCGGCACUCUUCGGCCCCGGUCGGUAUCGCGAUGACCCCGCCGACACGGCGGGCUACCGCGACCAGGCCGAGGGCAUGGACAACCAGCAGAUCCACGCGUACCACUCACAAAUCAUGCGCGACCAGGACGAUCACCUGGACCGGCUCGGUGAGUCCAUUGGUCGGCAGAGGGAGCUGAGCAUGCAGAUCGGUGACGAGCUCGACUCGCACGUCGCCAUGCUGGACGAGGUGGAUGAGGUCGUGGAUCGGCACCAGAGCCGGCUCGACCGGGCGCGCCGGUCGUUGGGCAAGGUCGCGAGGGAUGCCGGGGAGAAUAAGCAGAUGAUGACCAUCAUCGUGCUCAUCAUUAUCCUUGUUCUGCUGAUUGCCAUUUUGAAAUGA